AUGGUUCAGAAAGUUAAGGUGGGUCACCAGCCGCUCUGCUGGAGCUAUGCAAGAAAAUUCCACCAGGGUUGGAAUUCUUGCCGCGUCUGCUCAGACCUUCGGGGUCUGAUCCAGAAAUAUGGCCUCAAUAUGUGCCACCAAUGUUUCUGUCAGGAUGUGAAGAAGAUCGGCUUCAUUACAUUGGAUUAA